AUGUUUCUCAAGCUGGCAUUGGGAGCCACCCUUCUCGGAUGGGGGUCGCUGGCCGACAUCUGCAUCGAGAAGACAGCAACUCUCCCUUCAGGAUGGAUGAAGAUUAGCGACACAGUCGAUCCAAACGAGCAGUACUCGUUUUCGAUUGCACUCAAGCAGCCACAGAUGAAGGGACUCCAAAAGUUCCUCACGUCGGUCCAGGAAGACUUGCUGUCCCUGACUGACGUCACCAAGAUGCGUACUCCGACAGCCAAGUCCGUGAGCAAAGUGCAGGCCUGGCUGCGCAGCCACGGCAUCAAGGACGUCGACACCAAGGGCGACUGGGUCAAUGUUCGCGCGACGGUUGGCCAGACUGAUGCGCUCAUCGGCUCUGUGCUGGCGCACUACAUCUACGACGGCGAUGACAAGCCCGUCCUGCGCACCACCCAGUACUCUAUUCCCGACGCCCUCGAGGACGACAUCGACUUUAUCCAUCCCGUGUCCAACUUUAUGAAGCCCGUUCGCUCCAUGUCCAAGAUCAAAUGGCUCAACGAGACGGACCUGGCGAAGCGCGACCCGCCGUGCACGUCCAUCAUCACGCCCAAAUGCGUUCGAGACGCGUACAACUUUCACUACGAGACGCCCGACGGCAAGUCGAACGUCACCAUGGGCGUGGCCGGCUUCCUAGAGGAGUACGCCAACUACCAGGACUCGGACCAGUUCCUGUUGCAGCACGCGCCCGAGAUUGCGGCCAAGCACUACAACUACACCGUGAAGCUCAUCAACGGCGGCGAGAACCCGCAGGAGCUGUCCAAAUCGGGCGCCGAGGCGGCGCUGGAUGUUGACUACGCCCUGAGCCUCGCGUACCCGGCCAACCUCGUCUUUUACUCAACCGCCGGCCGGAGCGAGCUCAUUGGCGAGGACGGCACCAAGGACUCGAGCAAGACCUCUACCAACGAGCCGUUCCUCGAGAUGUUCCAGUACUUUCUGGACAAGCCCGACGGCGAGAUCCCGAGCGUGCUGUCCAUCUCGUACUCGGACGACGAAGUCUCUGUCCCGCGCCCCUACGCCGAAAAGGUGUGCAGCAUGAUUGGCAUGCUCGCGGGCCGCGGCAUGACUGUCCUCUUUGGCUCUGGCGACGGCGGCGCGCAGGGCGGGCGCAACUCCAACUGCCGCACACGCGACGGCUCCAACAAAAAGAUUGCCAUGACGACGUUUCCCUCGACGUGCCCGUGGGUGCUCGCCGUCGGCGCCGUCACCAACGCCAAGAACCCGCCCGAGGCGGCAUCCUUUAGCACCGGCGGCUUCUCACAGUACUUUGAGCAGCCCGACUGGCAAAAGGAGGUGGUUGGCGAAUACAUCAAAUCCAUCGACGGCCAUCUGGACGGCUACUACGAGCCUGGGAACCGCGCCAUCCCCGACAUCUCGGCCGUGGGAACCAACGUGCUAGUCCUUACCAACGGGCGGCCUGGCGUGUUGCAGGGCACCAGCGCCAGCACGCCCAUGAUUGCGGCCAUGCUGGCCAUGGUCAACGACGCGCGCGCCCGCGCUAAUAAGAAGCCGCUUGGCUGGGCCAACAAGCUGCUGUACAGCGAAAAGGUGCGCAGCGUGCUGCUCGACGUGACCGAGGGCGAGAGCCGCUCGUGCAACUAUGAUGGCGAACAGCCAGGCGGAUGGCCGGCCAAGCCAGGCUGGGAUGCCGUCACCGGCCUGGGGGUGCCCAAGGACUUUAACGAGCUGCUUGACGCGCUGGUGCAUGCGGAUGAUUAG